CUGGUGCAUUAUUGUAGGGUCUCUCGGGCUGGUUUGUUAUUGUAGGGUCUCUCAGGGGGGUGGCGUGGGCUGGUGUGUUAUUGUAGGGUCUCUCGGGGCUUGUUUGUUAUUGUAGGGUCUCUCGGGGGGUGGCAUGGUCUGGUGUGUUAUUAUAGGGUCUCUCGGGGCUGGUGAGUUAUUGUAGGGUCUCUCGGGGCUGGUUUGUUAUUGUAGGGUCUCUCAGGGGGGCGGCGUGGUCCGGCGCGUUCUUGGAGGGUGACCCCACCUCUCUCCCCCCAGGCUCCCUCCGUCCCCAGCCAUGGCGGCGCGGGUGGCUCAGCGGGACACCGCCGAGCGCUACCUCUUCGUGGACCGGGACUCGGUGGGGAACCCGGCCACGCAGGCGGACUGGACGGCCAAGCGGCUGGUGUGGGUGCCCUCGGAGCGGCACGGCUUCGAGGCGGCCGGCCUGCGGGAGGAGCGGGGCGACGAGGUGCUGGUGGAGCUGGCGGAGAACGGGCGCCAGGUGCUGGUGCCCAAACACGAGGUGCAGAAGAUGAACCCCCCAAAGUUCUCCAAGGUGGAGGACAUGGCCGAGCUGACCUGCCUCAAUGAGGCCUCCGUGCUGCACAACCUCAAGGACCGCUACUACUCCGGCCUCAUCUACACGUACUCAGGGCUGUUCUGUGUGGUCAUCAACCCCUACAAGAACCUGCCCAUCUACACGGAGCAGAUUGUCGAGAUGUAUCGGGGCAAGAAGCGCCAUGAGAUGCCGCCCCACAUCUACGCCAUCUCGGAGGCCGCCUACCGCAGCAUGCUGCAGG